AUGAGCGCUUCAAUGAGUAUGUCCAUGGCUCCAUCGACUACAAUUGCAACUGCUGCUGCUGCUACGACAUCAGCCGCCGGUCAUUCGAUGGGUAGCAUGUCAAUGAGCGGCGGUGCGUCAACGUGCAAGAUCUCGAUGCUGUGGAAUUGGUAUACCAUCGACGCGUGCUUUAUCUCUCGCACCUGGCAUAUCACCUCCAAUGGCAUGUUCGCCGUGUCUUGCAUUGGAGUCGCCUUCCUUGUCGUCGCUCUCGAACUCUUGCGCCGCCUUGGAAAGGAAUACGACGCCGCGAUGCUUCGUCAAUUCCAACGACACGUGGCCGCCCGAACCGCAGAAUCCAAGACUCCGGGCUCUCCAGAGACCUGCACCAGAGAGCCGACGUACGUGGUCUUCCGGCCAACUCCAUUGCAGCAAGUUAUACGUUCGCUCAUCCAUAUGGCUCAAUUCGGCGUAGCCUACAUCAUCAUGCUGUUGGCCAUGUACUACAACGGCUACAUCAUCAUCUCGAUCUUUCUCGGGGCGUUUUUGGGCAAGUUCCUGUGCGAUUGGGGAGUGCAAAAGGUGGCUCUAGGCGAGAUUAUCAACGGUAACGACGCGAACGGAGUCAAUGAGGCCACCGUCUGUUGUGGCUAA